AUGGUCCCGCACAUGCUAAUACGACAUGUGUGGUUGCUACUCUUUUGUUGGACUCUGGUACAAGCUCUUAGUGGUAGUAUUGGACUCCCGUUUGGCAACACAAAUGGGAACUCUUACAAUCUGGCAGGCUCCAGUGCUCAAACGACGGGUUCAAAUGAGGGUGAUGAUGUCUCCUCAAAUAUAGUAACGAGUUCCACAGCAUAUACAUCUGCAGAUCCCUCUACGAGUAACCAAGCUACACCAUCUACUAGUAACGAUAAUACCCAAAAUAAUCAAGAUGGUUCCAGUACAUUUGAUUCAGGGCCCAGUGGAAGCAGCCCUGUAUUAUCCCGAAUCACAAGCUCUAUUGGUAGUACUGGGAAUACCCCAUUUCCUUCAUCUACUGGUGACUAUUUGCAUGCUUCAUAUGGUGGGAAUUCAGUCUUGAAUUCGCCUGAAAGCUCUGGUUCUUCAUACGUUUCAAAGACCUCUAAUAGUAUAAGCGGUCCUACCCCAAAGCAUCAAUUGGCGUCAUCAAAUGGUUUUAAUUCAGAUUCUGCAGGCAGUUCUGAAACCUCUGCAUCAUUGCCACAUACUGAUUCUUUAUCAGGAGGCGAAUUUACAACACAGGAUGAUCGCUCACAACAGUCUGGCAGCUCAAGUGGUUCAGCAUCAGCAAGCAACACAGAGCCAGCAAAUAGUUUUACCUCAUCAAGUGGUACAUUACCGGCUAGUGGUUCCACACCCAGUAAUUCUUCACCUACUAGCAAUUCCCAACAACCCAUUGGUUUAAUAUCUUCAAGUAGUUCAGAGCCAGAAAGCAGCUCAAUUUCUACUAGUAAUACAUCACCAGCUAUUAGCCCUUCGGCUACCAGCGGCAUACAACAUUCUAGUGACCCAACAUCAGCCAGCUGGUCAACCUCAGAGGACGUUUCAAAAUCAACAAGCAGCCCGGAACAGGAAAGUAGUUCGGCAUCAACUAGCAGUUCCACACCGGUAAGUAGCACUUCCCCUAGCAGUUCAGCACCGGCUAGUAGUUCAUCACCUGGUAGUAGUGUGGUAACUACCAGUAAUUCUGCUACACCCAGCAGUUCUACACCAGUAAGUAGCUCUUCUCCGGGUAGUUCAAUACCAGCUAGUAGCUCUACGCUGGCUAGUAGUCCUGCACCAGCUGUUAGCAUUACGCCAGCUAGUAGCUCAGUGCCAGUUAGCGGUUCACGACUAUUCAGCAGUUCGACCCAUGCAUCAGGCAGUAAUUCGCUUACGUCCACAGAGAAAAGUGCACUUGACCCGGGCACUUCUACUAACGCAGGUACAGCAAGCAAAUCAAUUCUUUUAAGCGGUUCUUAUCCAACUGGUGAUUCACCUUCAGGAACUACGUCAUCUGCGAUUGAAAGUCUGAGUUCAAAAGCUCCUGUCUCGUCAUUGGGUAAUUCCAUCCGGUCGUUUAGUCUAUGGCCAAGUACUUCAGAGGCUUCUAGCAAUUCUUUUUCACAAGGUAGCUCAGGCCCUACAAGUACUGCCAAUUCGGAUACAUUAACUGAUAGCUCUAGAAACUCGGCUUUCCCUAGUUAUUCGACAAAGUCCAGCAAUUCAGAACUUGCCAGCAGUUCGUCGCCAGAACCAGCUAUUGCCACGAGUAGUUUGCAAUCCUCCAGUGCACAAUGGGCAGGUAGCUUACAGUCUUCUUCGCAAGCGCCGAACCCUACUACAUCUUAUUCAAAUUCUGGGUCUAUCACUCACUCGAGUAUUGCUGCCGCGGAAAAGAGUGCCACGUUUUCAAACUUUCCAAAUGAUAACUCUUUUUUAUCCAAGUCGAGCAACGGGGCUACAACAUCAUCUGCUCCAAAUUUUGAAAGUUCUUCAAGCGCAGCCCCCAGUUUAUCGUUAAAUUUUGACCUCAGUUACAAUGGUUUAAAGAUCGGAGGUGGAGCCUCAAGUGGUUCAAGGACAUCAUUUGCAUCGAAUUCUAUAACAUCUUUAGGCACGGCUUCCGAGAAGUCCUCCUCAUACACCGCAAGUGUUUCGAACUUUCCAAGCGAAACGUCUAGCGAGCAAUCGAUUGGGUCCAAAAAAAGUGUUGUAGGUUCUUCAGAUCCGGCAACCGUCGAAUCCUUCUCUGGUACCACAAAUUUACCAACUUCUCCAAGCAAAACUUCAAGCGAAGGGGUGACAUCAUCUGGACAGACUACUGGGGAACCAACAAAUUCAGCUUCAAGCAAAUCAUUCUCUAUUACUACAAGUUCUCCUGGCGCAAGUUUUCGUGAGCCUUCCUCUUAUACUUCCAAUGCUCCGAUCUCUUCAAGAGGAGCUACUGGUGAGUCGUCAUAUGCGGGAACUCUUGGACGUCCUACAAAUCCAACUUCCAGCGAAUCCUCCUCUCAAUCCACGGAGAUUCCCGCUUCUAAAAGCAGGACUACAAGUGUGCAAGAUACCUCCUUUAGACAGAGUUCUGCAAGUUCUUCAAACAUAGCUUCUGGCGAGUCGUCUCUUCACACUACAAGUGCAUCAAUCUCUUCAAGUGGAAUUUCCAAUGAUGCAAGGACAUCAACUACACCAAAUACUGGUGGUUCUUCCUAUAAAAGUUCCAGUGCAUCAUCUCGCGAUCCCAUAAUCUUUCCAAUUACACCAAGUAGAGGAUCCAGUGCGCUGAGUACAUCAUCUGACCAACAUACUGUAGUUUCUUCGGACGCAACUUCUGGCAAGCCUUCUUCCUAUACUACAAGUACUCCGUUUUCUUCAAGUACAGAUAACGUUUCAAGUGGAUCGUUCUCUCGUCCUCUUACUUCCCCAGCUUCUUCAGCUAAUGAGUAUAGCACGCAAGAAACCUCGUCCGGCGAAAAUACAGCUGAAAGGUCAAAUACAGCUUCAGGAGGGUUGUCUUCGGAGAUUCCCGCUUCUACAAGCAGGACUACAAGCGUGCAAGAUACCUCCUUUAGACAGAGUUCAUCAAGUUCUUCAAACAUAGUUUCUGGCGAGUCGUCUCUUCACACUACAAGUGCACCAAUCUCUUCAAGUGGAAUUUCCAAUGAAGCAAGGACAUCAACUACACCAAAUACUGGUGGUUCUUCCUAUAAAAGUUCCAGUGCAUCAUCUCGUGAUCCCAUAAUCUUUCCGAUUACACCAAGCAGAGAAUCCAGUGCGCUGGGUACAUCAUCUGACCAACAUACUGUAGUUUCUUCGGACGCAACUUCUGGCAAGCCUUCUUCCUACACUACAAGUACUCCGUUUUCUUCAAGUACAGAUAACGUUUCAAGUGGAUCGUUCUCUCGUUCUCUUACUUCCCCAGCUUCUUCAGCUAGUGAGUAUAGCACUCAAGAGACCUCGUCCGGCGAAAAUACAGCUUCAAGGGAGUCUUAUUCGAACACUCCAAGUGUCCCGAUUUCCCAGAGCUUUUUUGGAAAGACUUCUGCAAGCUCUUCAAAUCCUACAACGUCUUCCUAUGUUUCGAAUUUUCCUGCAUUCUCUAGUAAGACUUCUAGUGAACAAAAUUCUCGAGCAUCCACAAAAUCAAGCUCGAACCUUGCCCAAUCAUUAACAUCUACAUCAGACUCCCUAACCCAAGUCAGAUCCGGAAUCUCGAAUCAAAUUGAAAGCUCAAGUACAGCUCAUUCAAAAAGCGCCAAUGAAAUAAACACAUCACCUUUUGCAACUGAGAGCUCCUUCACAGGAGAGUCGUCUAAAUCAACUCCAAGCAGCUCUGCAUAUAAAGGAGAGGGAUCUUCUUCCAGUCUGCAACCAAAUACUUUACUCCAAAGUUCGGGAUCAUCUGCAUCUAGUGGAACGUCUCAGGGUGAAUUAGGCUUUACCAGAAGUGAAUCUGUUGUCUCCUCAUCUAGGAGUCCCUACUCCAGUCAAUCGAUCAAAUUAACAGAGACAGCUAGCCAUUCUGGAUCUUUCAUGGGAACCGGGUCUUCAAUUCCGCUGAAUUCGAUUUCCGGGAGUAGUCAGAGAUCAGAAUUAUUGAGCAAUUAUCCAAACACAGGGCCUACUAGUUUAACAAGCGACUCUCAAGUAGAAUCAAGUACACUUACAGGAUUACUUUCCUCUACUCCUAGUCGUAUAGGGGCCUCAACCCUUCUUAGCUCCCCGACCAGCACAUCAUCUUCUGGCACAGCAGCCGAGCAUGCAAGUAGUCAUGCCAGCUUAACUUCCUAUGAAACUUCCUCAUCACUCGAACCAUCGAAUGCCAUGAGUACCUCAACCCCAGCCUCUUCUAUGAUCGCUUCAUCGAGACCAUACUCCGGGAUUUUGAUGUCGGGAAGCAGUAAGAGUUCGGUGAUGGAAUCAACUACCGCGGCCGAAACAUCUCAGUCUUUGGAGAGUGGAUCAGUUAGCGCACCGACUAAUUUAGCAUCUCAAUUUUCGUCUCAGCCAACCAGACUUUCGAGCUCAUAUAUAUCUACUGAGACAAGUUCGCCUGUUACGGGAACUCAGAUCUCUUCAAGACUUGUUCGAUCUAGUGGAAUUUCGAGUCUUGAAUCAAGCACUUACUCGCGGUCUGGUUUUGUAACGACUGAGAAAGCUUCUUCUGAAACUCUUUCUUCGCUAUCCACAAGAGGAGAAUUGUCCUCCUUAUUUGAAAACACAUCAAAGGGGACUACAACACAGUCUUCCAAUAGCCUCAUGACUGCUAUGGGAUCUUCAUCCCAAACUAUGGCCCCUUCUGAAGCAUCGGGACAACAUACUAAAACGGUCAGCUCAAGAUCUAAUUUAGAAUCUCAAAUUAGUUCACCAUCAAGCUUACAUACAGGAAGCUCUUUGGUACCAGUGAGCACCGACGUUAGUGAUCAGUCAACUAGAACUUUGAGUACUCCUAUACCCGAUGCUAGUGCUUCCUCUACUGAAAUUAGUACAAGCGAUACAAACGACGUGUCUUCUUUGGUUUCUCCAAGUACUAUCACAAACAUUGGAUCUUCUGUUCCAAGUGCUACUUCUGCACCUACGGAAUCAAAUACUAAUUGGUUACCUUACAGUAUUAUCAUGCAAUCUACACCUUCCCCUUCUUCGGCACCAUCCUUUAAUCCUGAGGUCACAGCUACACUUCCACAUGCGAUAGCCCCCCAGACUCCGGUUUCAGAGCCGCCCAACUCUAGCACAAUUACCAUAGGCUUCAAGCGUCAAAUUGAUUAUGAUUUUCUUGUUAAUAAUCCUUUAUCUUCCGCUCAAAUAUUUACUUUCCUACCAGAUGUUUUAAUUUAUCCAUUUAAUUAUGACCAAAAUAUUGACAAAGGAACGCAUACUAACGAAUCCUCUCAUUAUAAAAGGAAAACAACAACUUUGCAGCCUUAUCGUGAUGUAAUGGUAAGGACUAACAAGAAGCACAAAGUUCAAAUGAUCAGUACAGCAAAUGUAAGCGUGAUACAAAUAAUGCCCAUGUUAAGUCGAGAUAAAAGUUACUUGGUGGCAGUUGCUGAACUAUACUUUCCAGCUCAAUACGUUAACAAACUCAAAGAUUAUAUGAAAAAUUCAAAUUCGAUGCUUUAUAAUAAUACCAACCCUACACUUUUUGCACUUGCCGAUCUAAUUGAUCCUUCGAUACCACUGACAGGCAUGGUAGAUGAUAAUGGUGAUGUGAAUAAUGGAGGGUCUGGGAGCGGUUCCUCCGGAGAGGGUAAUCAUGCUUCUCAAAGCCCUCAUUCAUUUCAAAAUGGAAAUGAAGAUAAUGGAAAUCUGGAGACAGCAAAUUCAACAAGUCACAUCACUGGUGUAAUUACUAAAAGACUGGCCAUAUUUCUGAACUGUUUUGCCUUUGGAGUUUUGCUGUGGAUUUUGUCCUUUUUGUUCAUAUUCAGGAAGAUCCGUAAAGUGCAGCCCCCAGAAGAAGGUGAAAGUUAUGCUGAAUUAGAUACUAGUGGGGAUGUACUCAAACUACCUAGUGGUUCUGGCGAAGACAAUGCAAGUGGAUCUUCAUCAGGCCCUCAAUUUUUCCAGGAAAAGGCUACCAACAACGAUUCGCAGAACCAGGAGACAGUUGACAGAAAUGCGACUCCUAAAUUGGAAAACUCAAAUGAAGGUAUCGGUGGUAAUGCACAGUCACCAAUUUCUGAUGAUUUGAUUGUUACUGGUGAGAAUACCGUCUAUAGCACUCUUCAUGGGUUGGAAUAUUUUGUGGAUGAGGAUGGACAAUUUCACUAUGCCGGCAAUAGGCAGAUAUCUGAUGAGAGCGGUACUACUAAGGAUGAACAUGAUGAAAUUGAUGAUUUCGAUAAAUACAUGUAUGCUGGAUCGGAAGAAAUGUCAGUGCAUGUAAGUGAAGCACCAGAAGUGGAUAUGAGCAGUCUGGAAGUAGAUGAAGAAGGUAACUUCGUUUUGAUGAAUGAUGAAAUAUACGACAACUUACAAGAAAACAGUCGAUCCGGCUCAGGCAAUAAGAAUUCUGAUACGGUGGAAAGUUAUAACAACAAUCAUCUGUACAAGAUGACGAGGAGCUCUGACUCUGAAGGUGUUACUAAAGAUGCUUUCUUGUCAAGUGACGAGGGCUCCCCAGAGAUAUACGGGUACGGUACUGAGGCCGGUGAUGAAUAUAUGAUCCCAAGUUCAGUUCAUGAUUAUGGCAAUUUGGAACCUGCAACCGAUUACGAUCAAUAUUACUCUCCCCCCUACAUGAUUGGGAGCUCAACAGACGAUACCAACAACAAUGGCCUGACAGAUUUACCGUUAGAUUUUGACGAAUACAUGUACCAAGAGGGUGAUGGGGAUGCUCCCUAUAUCUCUGAUAUGGAUGACGUUCGCAUUGAAGACAUCGACGAUGGUAAAGUUGAUGACUUACAGAUUGAUGAUUUUGAUGACUUGGAUGAAGAGAUGUAUCAAAGGUUAUCUAAAAUAAUGAUAGAACGUAGUAUCGCAAGGAACAGAGCCACUGGCCAAUCGAAUAUAGGGGUUCCGGAGAAUUUCAGAAAGACAAAUGUCCCCCCAAUGCCAUUCAUUUCAUCAGCAUCAGCUGCAUCUACUGAUACCACUGGUAUGAUUACUUCCUCUUCCAAACCUAAUUUCAACAGCUAUGCUGCCACCACCGAUACCAUCACGAAUGCUCCAGAUAGAAGCAUCCAAGGUGCCAGUACGAGUAUGAUAGGCUCUACAAAAUCCAAAAGCAAGCGGAAGUUAUCCGGUGGUGAAUCAAGAAAAUUAAGCAUUUCGGGGCCUAUCGAGAGUAGGAAUUCCCUCGGUUGGUAUUGA